AGUGAGCCCAGUACUCAGAGAGAAAGGCUAAAGUCCUCAGGAGGAUGUGGUUGCAGAACCUGUUCCUCCUAGGCAGUGUGGUCUGCACCAUCUCUGCACCCACCCACCAGCCCAACACUGUCAGCCAGCCCUUGAAGCAUGUGGAUGCCAUCAAGGAGGCCCGGAUCAUCCUGAGCCGCAGUAACGAUUCUGCCGCUGUGCCGGGCGAAAUGGUAGAAGUCGUCUCUGAAAUGUUUGAUCCUCAGCUGGCUGCCAGGAUGGGAGCCAGCAUUGUGCUGCCUCAGACCGCCCCUGUGGCAGUCACAAGAAUGGAUACUCCCACAGAAACCAACUUGCCUGCAGACCCGCCUGGAACUGUACAAGCAAGGCCUGCGGGGCAGCCUGGAGCGGCUCUCGAGUACCCUGACUUUGAUGGCCAGCCACUACAAGCAAAACUGUCCCCCAACCCCGGAAACUUCCUGUGAGACCGAGUUUAUCACCUUCAAAAGUUUCAAAGAGAACCUGAAGUGCUUUCUGUUUGUCAUCCCCUUUAACUGCUGGGAGCCAGUCCAGAAGUGAGGAAGCGCAGGCUAGCCAGGCCAGCCCUGGUUGUUGACCUCAGAGACUACUGCUCUCCCACCCAAAAGAGCCAAAAACUCAGGAUCUUCGUGUUGGAGGGACCAAGGGGCCACUGUGGGGACAGCAUGGACCUGCCCUGGACCACACUGACCCAGUUAUGGGCCUGGUAGAGGAAGGGGGUAUGUCUGAUAAUGUAUGGAAUCAGUAAUAUUUAUUUAUAUAUUUAUGUUUGUAAAAAUAUUUAUUUAUUUAUUUAUUUAGGUUCAUACUCCAUAUUUAUCUGAGGUGUUUUAACAUAAUAAUAAAUUAUUUAAAGCUUA